AUGACAUUCAUUCCAACCUAUUGGACUACUCGUUCAAAUUCAACCACCUCUGUGUCCCCAUCCAACCUAACCCCUUCACCUGGCAUCCCAGCAACAGAGCAACCAUUGCGUGUAGAAAAUGAGAACAAUUAUUGUGCGGAAGACAACCCAAUGACUCACACACAGUUGGAAACAGUGUACACGUAUAAGAGCACCGAAGAGCUGACAAAAAACAGUGUGUGGGAAAAAGUGGACAAUACAGCUACCAAUAUCAGUUAG